UGAGCCAGGUCACAUGACCGUCGCUUCCUUUCCAGUCGGAGCGGCUCAGUUUCUUUCUUUCCUCUCGACCGGAGAGGUUGUUUAUUUCGGGGUUUGUUCAAAUAUCUGAGCGGAGUUAAACUAACUGGACUGAAGGACAAGAAGUAGAAGAAAUAUAAAGAGAAGUAGCAGAAGAGGAAGAAGAGGAGGAAGAUAAGAGCAGAGAUUCUGUGUGGUGGACAUCCUCUUUCGUGUUCCUUCCUCUAACUGAGAGCAGGUCACUGGAUUUCAGAAUGCAUUUGGCGGUGCUUUUAUUUGUUUCUGCGCUCUCCGUGGGCACCUUCGCCCUGGACAAUGGAGAGAUGAGGGUCCCCCCCAUGGGCUGGUUGGCAUGGGAACGAUUCCGCUGUGACAUCGACUGUGAACACGACCCCAAGAACUGCAUCAGUGAGAAUCUGUUCAUGGACAUGGCAGACAGACUGUCCGAGGACGGCUGGAGGGAGCUUGGCUACGUCUAUGUGAACAUAGAUGACUGCUGGUCCUCCAUGAAGAGAGACAAGAAUGGACGUCUGCAGGCUGACCCUAAAAGGUUCCCAGGAGGCAUCCAUAGACUGGCCCGCUAUAUGCAUGACAGGGGUCUCAAGCUGGGCCUCUACGGGGACAUGGGCACACACACCUGUGGGGGGUACCCCGGCACCACACUGGACAAGAUCGAGAUAGACGCUCAGACCUUCGCCGACUGGGAGGUGGAUAUGUUUAAGUUUGACGGCUGUUAUUCUAACGCCACAGAGCAAGAGCAGGGUUACCCUCUCAUGUCGAAAGCUUUAAAUGCAACGGGCCGUCCCAUUGGCUACUCCUGCAGUUGGCCGGCCUACCAGGGUGGCCUGCCACCUAAGGUAAACUACACUCAGUUGGGUGAGAUCUGCAACCUGUGGCGUAACUAUGGCGACAUCCAGGACUCUUGGGACAGUGUACUGAACAUUAUUGAUUGGUUCUUUGAGAACCAGGAUGUCCUGGUACCUGCAGCUGGACCUGGAAAGUGGAACGACCCAGAUAUGCUGAUUGCUGGAGACUUUGGCCUCAGCAUGGACCAGUCUCGGGCUCAGAUGGCUCUGUGGGCGAUUAUGGCUGCUCCUCUUUUCAUGUCCAAUGACCUGCGCACCAUCAGCAGCGGGGCCCGCAGCAUCCUGCAGAACAAAAUGGCAAUCGUGAUCAGCCAGGACCCCAUGGGCAUCCAGGGAAGGCGCAUUAUAAAGGAGAAGAGUGGCAUUAACGUGUUCUGGCGCCCCCUGUCAAACAAUGCAAGCGCAUUGGUAUUCUUCAGUCGUCGUAACGACAUGCCCUACCGCUACAAGACGACCCUCGGCAAACUCAACUACACCACUGGCAGCUACAAGAUCUAUGAUGUCUUCACUGAGAAGACCAUGACGCUAAAGGACUCCACAGGCUUCGUGGUGUCAGUGAACCCCACAGGUGUGGUCAUGUGGCACGUGUCUGCGCCCGCCAAACGUAACCUUCGCCUGUUCUAUGAAGGUAGCAGACUCCAGGGAUCCGCAUACGACCAUGAUGAUGAAAACGCCAUUCCUCGUGUUUUCCUCUGAUCGCUCACUGAUAGAACUUUAUCACAGAAUAAUCACAUCAAUGUUUCUGCCUCAGUUCAGCGGCUCUUGAUGAAGCGUUAACUGACAAGACAUCAUACGUUUAUUGUUAGGUGCUCAAAGGACGUAUUUCUCUCCUUAAACCUGAAGUGCCAAUGAACUUCUCUUAAUUGUGUUAUUUUGAAAGGCACCACUAUUCCAAGUAUUGGAGUCACUUAAAGCUCAGUAGCAGCCAUUCUGCUUCUGGAUAUGUCACUUAUCUGAAAUUGUUCUUGUGAUCCAUCUCUCAAAUUCUACACUAACUAUCAAUAUUGAUCAGGUAAAAAUGUCCAUAACAUAGCACACCUCUAUUACAAUGAGAAACAUUUUGACACAUUUUAGUGUUUCUGUGCUUGACAGCGUGACAGCUGAUGAUAAUUUAUAUCUCUGAGAUCGCCAAACCUGAAAAACUGAUCGUAGAUCAGCACUAAGACUCAGAACUAUCCUCUGCUCUGCUCUUAUGGAAACAUUGCUUUUAAGGUAGCAGUCUGACAUAAGCUGUUCCAAUAUGCAGAAAGGCGUCUGUAAUGCUAGUUUUUUUUUUUAAUGCUUAAGAAAGGAGAAUUGUUUAAGCCUAUCAGGAUCUGGAUGUUGCAUUGCUCAGGAUAAUAGCUAUGAAUGGACAUUUAAGAAAUUAAGAUUUUUAUAAGAUAUGAUUCUGUGAAUUAUGCGUUUUUUGUAUUCACUGAAAUAAAUGAUUUUGUUCCU